CGGAUAUCAUUGUGAUCGGACUCGGCGGGUUCCGAUUCUUAAAACUGUGAUCCUACUCACGCGACAGAAAUGACAGGCGUCAGUUUUACGUACUAGCAGCACCUGCUUUCAAUUUCUCCCACUAGGACCGACGUACCUUCUGCUUCGGAUCAUCAUUGUUUGUUUGGCCUCUCUGAACUCUGCAGGGGCGUUCACCACCACUGAUGCUGGGAAAAACCCUUCUCCUUCAUCAUCGAAGCCCAUGAAAGGAAAGCCAGUGGUUGUUCGGCUAAAAAGGAAAGCUUCCCAGUCGAAGGUUGACGGGCUCUGGCUAGAGGAAACUGAGAGGCGAUUCAAACGGACUUUAUUAGAUUUUGGGAAGCUAUCCAUCUCUGGUUCGACUGGGAAAGGGGCGUCCACCAUGGCUGAUGCUGGGGAAAGCUCUUCUUCUCCAUCAUCAUCGAAGCCCAUGAACGAAAAGCCAGUGGUUGUUCGGCUAAAAAGGAAAGCUUCCCAGUCUAGGGUUGACGGGCUCUGGCUAGAGAUAACUGAGAGGCCAGUCAAACGGCCUUUAUUGGAUUUUGGGAAGCUAUCCAUCUCUGAUUCGACUGGGAAAGAUGAAUUGAAGACCAAAAAGAUAUUUGUACAGCACGUGGAGACAGUUAGCAAUUCUGAGGCUGCAGUUGAUAUUUUGCAUUCAUUUGUGCCUGAAACUUCGGACACGUCUGGAUUCAGAACGAAGAUUGAGGAGCGAAGACACACCUUCAAACAAGAAAAUCAAAAGCGAGAUCGACUGUUAUCAAGGGCCAAGCAGAACCAUGAGGUUCUUGAAAAAAAUGCUCGUUUUGAACAAAUAUGGAAGAGCCGGAAAGAAAACAAAGAGACUGUGCUUGAUGAUUCACUACGAGAAAUAUGUCAUCUCUAUGAUGUUGUUCGUGUCGAGACAGAUGAAGAAGCAUCCAUUGAGGCAGAAGAGCGGGUGGAUACCUCUUUGGAGGAUAACACAAUUUUGUGUAAUUAUUUGCCUCUAAUAAGAGAGUUCCUUCCUAAUGCUGCGGCAGAAAUCGAAUCUGAUAUUCAAGCUUACAUGUCCGAACAAGGAGCAUCAACAGAUGGUUAUGUAUAUGACUUGUACACUGUGAACGAUAAUCCAGAUGCAACUGAUGUCUCAGAUGCAUAUCCUCUGGUUCAAGUUGAUGAUGACGAUUUCUACGAUGGCCAAAGUCAUUCUGAGUAUGAGAGUGAUGACUCAAAUGCUGAAGAUAACCCAUUGAAUGAGUAUCCCGAUGAGGAGACAUCUGAAGAGGAUGAAGUCCAUUCCCAUAGUGAAGCGGAAGACGUUGAAAGCAGUGCCUCGGGUAAUCAAUCUGAGCAUCUGUCCGAAGAUGUAGAUGCAUUAUAUGAGAAAGAAGUUCUAGAUGAUGAUCUUGAUGUCAUCAUCCAUCAUGAAGAUGAUGACGAUGAAGAUGAUGAAGACUGGAGCUCCAAGUAUCAUUGAGGUUCAUUUCUAGGGGAUCCCUACUUUCUUGUGGUCGAGAAGUUCCUCAGUUCAUGUGUGAACAUUGUUCAUCCUUUGGAUAUUACAUCCCUGAUGGAUCUAUGUUUGGUUGCCUUGAGUAAACAGUUGAUUGCAGUGCCAAUGGUAUAGUGUGGUAAUGAAAUACAGAACCCCAGCUACAACCCUUUAUCUUUGACCAUACAUAUUCCUAACCAAAAUACUUUUUUUUUUUUUUUUUUUUUUUUGAACUAACCAAUAUACCUUUUUGUCCUUAAAUUUUUGGUCCAUUUGUUGUUUCCUUCAUGCUACAUUUGGUGGUUCAGAAAUGUAGGUAUCAUCUUUUUUAAUAUAAAAUAUUUGUGAUGUGUAAAAAAGUAAGUUGUAGAAUA